AACGUUCGCCUUUAAAAGCAAAUCUCGUGCGCGGUAGAGUGAUUUAUUCACACUUUUAACACGUUAUGAAAUUAGCGGACUCACGCGGUUAGCUAGUCGUUGUAAACUACACUACAGGUACACAACUACAAGGUUGCACAAACUGACGUCACCCACUUCGUCACGAAAACAGCAGCUGAGCGCCAAAUGCAAAAUGUCUGCGGGCAGGUUUCCCCGUUGCAGUCCUUUAAAAUGCGACACAAACGUACACGGAACACAGGAACCGAGGACGCGACGCGCCAGAGGAGGCGAACCGACGGGGGGUCAGCGACGCGCGCGCGCGCGCGCCUCGUGUUUGUCUGCCGGAACGGACGAGCCGCCGCGGCGCACGGGAGACGUGCAGAUAGCGCCGAUCUUCUGCGCAGCGCUGCGGAGAGAGAUCAAAGGCAUCGGUGAAGGCGCGACGGGCCAGCACGUGGAGAAGACCCGCAAACCGGCAGCCGGCGCCUCCCCGACUGACGGCGGGCUGAGGGUGAAAGGUCAGCGGAUGUCCCCAGCGCUGACAGACAGGAGAGAACAGAUGUCAGGCUCCGCUCUGAACAUCUGCCUGGAGCGCAUCCACACCUGCAACGCGACGUCUCCACUUCAGACAGCGUUCAGCACUUUGCAGACGAGAGCCGGAGCGGGGCCUCAGCGUUCACAUUCCACAGGCAAGAGGAGACGAUCCGACGAAAGCUCGGAGACCGCGUCCAAGCGCCUCAGGUGUGGCUUCACCGGAGCGAGCAAACUGAGCCGCACGCGCCGGCUGAAGCGGAGGGGGGGCGGCUCGGCGGGCCCGCCGGGCCACCGCGAGCCGCCCGGCGCUGCGGAACGGAGCAGCGGAUCCGGUUGCGAGGAGGUCCUCUGGACAGACAAGUACGGUCCUCAGCAUCCGGGAGACGUCAUCGGGAACGCGGUGCCGGUGAAUACACUGCAUAGCUGGUUGAAGAAAUGGAAACUGAGAGCUGACACCGAAGAGAGGAAAACCUCCGAUGGAAGGAAACUAGAAGACAACACUAACGACUCGUGGGACUGUGGCGACUUCCAGGGCGAAGCUGGGCCGGACGGCGCCGGCGGGUCGUCGCUGGGCAGCGCCGUGCUGCUGACGGGACCCCCUGGGGUGGGGAAGACCGCGGCGGUGUACGCCUGCGCCCUGGAGCUCGGCUUCCAGGUAUUUGAGGUGAACUGCUCCUCGCAGCGCAGCGGCCGCCAGGUUCUGUCCCAGUUGCGGGAGGCCACCCAGUCCCACCUGGUGGAGACCUCGGGGAAGGACCCGCUGAAACCCGCUUCCUUCAGAGUCUACACCGGCACCAGCUGCUCCGCUAAAUCGGAGGCUUCACCUGCAAACGGUGCAGUUCGUCCUAAAAAUGUCCUCCGGACCACAAAAAGGGGAGCAGAGCUGAGCGGCGGUCGUCGCGGGGGAAAGGCCACACCAGCCGCCCGCGCUCUGGCCCAUUACUUUAAGAUGAAGGCCAGAGCCGAUGGCUUACGCUUCGGUGGCCUGUCGUCAGCCCAGAAACCAGACACCAGCGAACCCAGCGACCCACCGGGGGACCGGGACCACACGGUGCCGCGGAGCAAGAGGACGACCGCAUCCCUCAUUCUGUUUGAAGAGGUUGAUGUCGUGUUUGAGGAUGAUGUCGGUUUCUAUGCGGCCAUCAGGACUUUCAUGACAACCACUAAAAGACCAGUCGUUCUAACCACCACUGAUCCUUUAUUCAGAGAGCGAUUCGGCUGCAACCUGGACGAAAUUACCUUCGAAACCCCAUCAGCUGCGAGUGUCUGUGCUUACCUGCAGCUGGUGGGUUCGGCCGAGCGCGUGCGGCUGCAGGCGGAUGACGUCGGCGGCCUCCUCGCCCUGACCCGCGGCGACGUCAGGCGCUGCCUGCUGCAGCUGCAGCUCUGGGUGCGCGGCGGCGGAGGACGGGCGCCUCUGGGAGGACGCUCGCGGGAGGAAGCGGCGGUUUGUGCACAGUAUGCAGGCUCUUUGGACCCACGAGUUCCCUCAUGUGAAACAGGCUGCACCUCCAGCAUGCUGGGUCUCGGACCCGUCACACAAACCCAACUGCUGAACUACUUGAAGAGUCGGUACUGGUCCGAAGCGGACAUGAAGGAGCUGCUGAUGCUUUUAGCUGAGAGCUGGAGACAGCGUGUGCCUCUCCUCUACUCCAACCUUGAGCUUUUACUACCCAUCGGAGCCUGUGGAGCUUCAGUCCACUAUCUGAACAGGGCUGCUUCCCCUGAGCUCCAGAGUGCAAACGUUACCUCAAAGCCGACUGACGGCAACCAUGUUAGGAAAAUCUCCAGGCUGAGCAGGAGGAAACACAACACAUGUGCCACCACCUCAUCGUGUGGCGUGAACCGCGGCAGCUCUGCGUCAUUACCCAAAGCCCCGACUUCAAGUGACAACGUAGGACACAAAGCAGCCAAACUGGAAACUGACAUCCUCGUUGCGGUGGCGGAUUUUUUUGACGUCAUGUCGUACCUUGAUGCCACGCUUCCAGCUCCAGCACCGCUUGUUUCAGGUUUCAGGCCUGAGGGUUUUGUCUGGACCGGAGCAGAGCUAAAGGACGGUUUGUGGGACGACAGAGGCGAUGAGGAGGGAGGGGGCUGGGGCCAGGAGAAUCUGCUGCAUAUCCAGGCUGCUGUUGAGGGUCUGGGGUGUCACAGGUGCUGCUGGCUGUUGUCGGAGGCGUGGACCGCAGCCCAAAAGCACAGACAGACAAUGGAGGACAAAUUGUGGGAGACACUGGAGCGACCUGCUGCUUCUGAAACACAGAGCCUCCGCUUUGGCGUCCAGCCUCUGUGUUCCCCAAGCGUGUCCCAAAAGAGAUAUGAGCUGAGCAGGGCAGUGUUUGGCAGUGAACCCUUCAGCCUGUUGGGGAACAGACGAGCCGUCAGUGUCGACUACAUGCCCAUCCUCCGGUCCAUCUGUCGCUUCCAGAAAGCACAGCAACAGAACGAAAAGCCAGUCAGGUAUAUUAACUACAUGAGUGGCACAGGCCUGGGCCUCUCAAAGUCAACUAUGAAACUACUUGCAGAAGAUUUCCCAUAAAGACCAAACUGCUCAUUUUCAAUACCUGUAUUGUGCCGGAAAACAUGAAAUCUUUCUGAACACUAACACACUCACUUUAAACUGCUAUGUUUAUUCAUAUGUAAGUGCAACAAUGAAAUGUAAAUAAAUUUAUUUUCAUAAA